CUUAUAAAUUUUUCAAUAAUAUAUCAUGCGUGGAACCUUGUGCGCCUCGCCCAGUAUCGCUUCGUAUGUGUUGGAUGCUCUUCACACCGUCGUUACAGAAUCAGCUGAUCAGUGAAAUACCGCGCAAUCGUUGUGCGUUUUACAUAAUUGAAGAAGAGGUUAGAGCGGCCAACAUAACCUUACGCGGGUGAACUAUUCCAGAGGAUGACACGGUCAAUGACAGUGUAAUUUCGCAUCGCCCGCAAUUUGUUCAUACGCAUCUAUCGUUAAUUUUGUUUACGUAGUAUCAAAUGUUAGUAUUAAAUGUUAAUCUGUCGAGAAUAAUAAUCAUGUCGAGUAAUGAGACACAUUCGUAGGAGAGGUUAGGUUCUCUGUAUACAAAAGAUAGAAUGACGUUAAUAGCGAAUAUUUUGUACGAUUUGCCCAAGUAGUCACGAUAAAUUAAACACAUUCAACUUAAAUUCAACGAUAAUUCAACAAAUUCAAGUCUACUUCUAUUUAACAAGACUUGCAAGAUGCAUUGUGUACGUAGAAUUCUAAAUGUUACAUAUCAGAAUUCACAAAUAUGCAAUAAAGUGAACAAUGUGAACAGAAUAUGUGAAAGACUAAGAGUAUUGCGACAAAAUACCGCUUAUCGUUUUAAUCACGAUUCUAAGGAAGAGAGCGCAGAGAGCGAAGAGAAGCAGAAUGAAUACACAGAGCUUUCCAACCGUUACAUAGGUACUGCAGCUGGGCACAGGAUAUUUGUUUUGCAACCUUACAUAAAAUGGGGCAGAGACAAGAAGAGAAACACUACACCGGAGCUACAAAUGGCCGAAGCUGUGGCGCUCAUAAAUACUCUACCGUAUUGGUGCGUAGUUGGAUGCAAGUACGCACCGCUGCUCACUUUGGAGAAGAAAGCUUUGCUCGGUACCGGUGCGAUAGAUAACCUGAAGCGGGAUAUACACAAGUGUGAUAACCCCUCGGCGAUAUUCAUCAGUACUAAUCAGUUGAAAUUCGUCCAGAUGGUUCAAUUGGAAAAGAUUUUCGGCUUACCGAUAUAUGAUCGUUACUCCAUAGUUAUUCAUAUAUUCCGCCAGCAUGCAAAGAGCCCAGAGGCGAAGGUGCAGGUAGCCCUAGCGGAAAUACCGUACAUCCGGAAAAAGAUGUUGGAAACAUCCAUAGGCAGCAGUGGCAAGGCUAAUAUAACGGAUAAGAUAAAGCUGAUGCUUAACAAUAGGGAGAGGAAAUUGAAGAAUGACCUGAGCAAGUUACAACAGCAUCGUCAACUUACCAGGAAAAGUCGUCAGAAGACUAAUAUGCCCACGGUCGCUGUGGUCGGCUACACGAACUCUGGUAAGACUUCCUUGAUAAAGGCAUUGACGGACGACCAAUCCCUGCAGCCUGAAAACAAAUUGUUCGCGACUCUUGAUACGACCGCACAUCGAGGUAUGUUACUCAAUAAAUUGAAAGUAAUCUACAUGGAUACUAUCGGAUUCAUUCAAGACGUGCCGGAAACCCUGAUCGAACCGUUCAUAGUGACUCUGGAGGAUGCCAUAAUCGCUGAUGUGAUCAUUCACAUAUACGACGUCAGUCACCCUGAUAUGACGGCGCAGUAUGAGCAUGUUCAAAAUACGAUAAAACCCAUGAUAGGCGAGAAUCGUCUGGUGAUCGACGUCGCCAAUAAAUGCGAUCUAGUUGAGAGCGAUUGCAUACCCAAGGAUGCGAUCGCCGUCUCUGCUACGAAGUUAACAGGAAUCGAUCUGUUGCGUUUGGAGAUAGAAAAGGUCGUGCUGGGCACUGUCGGAUUAUUACGCACACGUGUAAGGGUGGAGAAUGGCAGUGUUGCAGCCAGCUGGCUGUACAAAUGGACAACGGUUAUGAAUGCCAUACCAGACCCAAAUAAUGCUCAAUACUUAAUUAUGGACGUACUCGCUACUUCACGCGAUAUUCAACAGUUCAAGCAAUUUUUAAGACAAUAAAAUUAUUUAUACCACAGUUUAUGCGCAACGAUCCCUUCCCAGAUAGACAUAUUUUGGUGUAUUGUCUGCAUCGUGACU